AUGAAAGGCUAUUUUUCAUUAUUAGCGACAUCUUCUGACCGGUUAUCCUACUUUCGAGUUGCUUUGAUUGGUGAGAUUGGAUCUGAAAAAAACAACGUUCGUCGCGCAUACGUACAGCUUCUAUCAAACCAAAACAACGAUCUGGAAGCCCAGAAAGCUUCGAAAGACUCUGUUUUCGAACGCAUUGAUGUACUUGACUCAAAUGUCGUGACAGUGCAGGGAAUACAAAUUGAGCUCAUCACUGCUGAAAGAAUACAGGAUUUUGAACGAAUUCCGACAAUGAUUCGAUGUAGCCAUCUUGAUGCUAUCAUCAUUUUUUAUCACAUUGGUAGCCUAAGGCAAUUUGAAAGCAUUCAUCAGAAGUGGGUACCAACAGUGAGGCGUUUAUAUCGUGACACCCCUUUCAUCAUUUGUGCAACUGGAAUUGAAGCACGUUUACCACGAGAUGUGAGGCAAAUGAUGUUGCGUAGACAGCUUGGCGAUGUUGAAGUUGGAUAUCUUGUAUGCUACAUGAACUUUGACAAUUCAGUCUUAUUUUGGAAUUAUUUAGAUACAACGACAAGAUCACCAUAUGUACCCAGAAGCCAACUUAAGAAAUUAAUUCUUUCUUUAUACACACUAUUGAAAGAAUUCGAAAACAAGUCUGAUUUAAAAUAUCACAGAGCUGUAAACAAGGAUCCUCGACUUUAUCAAGCUCUCAUCACAACCAAAGUUGGCCAGAGUUUAUCAACAGAGCUUAGAGCAUCAUCCUACUGUGAAGUAUCCACGAAGACUUACGAAGGGAUUGAGGAUUUGUUUAACGAUGUCCUAUCAGCGAUAAUAGCUUCCCAACAGUCUAAAAUUUUCUUGACACGUAAUCGCGUUGGACGACCGCGACCCAAAGAUGCAUGCACACUUAUAAUAUGA